AUGAGCCUUCAAGAACUCGUCACUUCUCUUGCUCAAAGCCAAACCCAAUUUCGACAAGAGACUAAGAACACUUUCUCCAAUAUUCAAGCACAAAUUGGAGACUUGGCCACCGCUCUCAACAAGAUGGAACAAAGGGGUAAACUUCCUUCUCAAACCAAGAAGAACCUCAAUGUGAGUGAAAUAACCUUGAGAAGUGGGAAAACACUUGGAGAAAUCAACCCUAAAAGAGUUUCAAGGGAAGAAGAAGAUGAAGUUAUUAUUGUUGAACCUCCGAAAGUUGUAGCUACUCCAAAGGACCCCAUUGUGCCAAACAUUGAUCAACCCGAAUCUUCCAACAAGAACAUCAAGCCAUUGGUCAUACCACCACCUUUUCCCUCCCGGUUGGCUUCCUCAAAGAAACAAGAAGAAGAGAAAGAGUUUCUUGAGACUUUCCGCAAGCCCAUAAUACCCAUACCCGAACCGCCCCACCCAAUAACCCGCUCCAACUUCAUUCAUACCCGGACCCGAUCCACUAUCCUACCCGUACCGGACCCAUUUACGACCCACCCUUAUAACCCCUUCCACCUAUCGGAUCCACCUUCUAACCCUUGUGCCUCCCGUCAACAACCCCCUUUAUUCAUCCCGAAGAACUUACGCUCCCACCAGCGACCAACCUCCAUACCGCCGCUUCCGACCAGCCACCGACGACGACUUCCGCUGCCACCGCCUCCAGUCAGAGCCACCCGCCACGACCUCGCCGCCGCUUGUCGCCGGUCGCCGAAACCCUUCUUUCCAGCCGACAGCCACCAUCUUUUUACCCCCCCCCCCUCGUCGCCGGAAAAACUCAAAUCACCACCACAGCCUCCCUCACUUGCUGAUUUAACUCGUCGGAACCCUAGCUCUGCCGCUGGCCACCGCCCGUCGCCGCCGCCGGCCGCUGCCACUACUUUUCACCAAAAUUUUCAAAUUUUUGUUUCUCACCGGAGACUCACAAGAUUCAACCUUGCGGUUCCAAUUCAAGCUUGGGGUGCGGUUUUAGCGGUUUUCUUUUCGGGUUUCGACACUCGAAUUUGCAUAUCCGCCUUUACCACCAGCGACCCCGAAACCUGGUUCUUGCCCGAAGAGUUACACGAUGAUGAUGCCGUAGAUGAUGAUGACAUGCAGGUAGACACUGGCUAUGCUGGUAGCCCAUUUGAGGCCGAAGACCAUUAUGACCUCCCAAUCCGACAAUUGCCGCCACCCUAUUAUGCUCAGCCUUCGGGAGCACACUACGGGCCACACCAUGAGUACCAGUCCUAUCAACAACGCAACGAGCCCGAACCCGAGUAUCAUCUUGAUAUAUAUGCUCAGCUUGCUGCCUUGCGCCUCCAGGGCAACCGAAACACAACAGCCAUUCGGCACAUCGAGGAGCAGCAAGCUCGCACCAACAACUACAUGGAGGAUCUUUGGCAUCAUUUUCAGCCCGAAGGCGGUUACCGUCCUCGCGGGCCUCCUACACCUUGA